CGGACUCGGCUCUUUCCGUCGAGGCUCUCUGCGCUCGGCUCGGGGUGACGUCACUCCACCUCUCCGGCGAAGAUGGCAGCGAGCAGAAGGCUGCACAAGGAACUGGAAGAGAUCCGUAAAUCAGGAAUGAGAUGCUUCCGGAAUAUUCUGGUGGACGAUUCCAACCUGCUGACAUGGCAGGGGUUACUAGUGCCGGACACCCCCCCCUAUGAUAAAGGUGCAUUUAAGAUUGAGAUUCAUUUCCCGGCGGAGUACCCCUUCAAACCCCCCAAGAUUACCUUCAAGACGAAGAUCUAUCACCCCAACAUCGAUGAGAAGGGGCAGGUGUGCCUGCCGAUCAUCAGCACUGAGAACUGGAAACCAGCGACCAAGACCGACCAGGUGCUCCAGUCUCUGGUGACCCUGGUAAACGAACCCGAGCCGGAGCACCCCCUGAGAGCAGACCUGGCCGAGGAGCUGAACAGAGACCCCCGAAAAUUCACCCGGAACGCGGAGGAGCACACCCGCAAAUACGGGGAGAAGAGACCGAGCACAGCGGAGUGAGAGAGGAGAGAGGCUCUCCCUAACCCUACCCCUCUCUCCUUCCCUCUCUCCUCCCUCCCUCUCCAU